GGGAGAAAUAGACGUCGUUGCAAUUUUACCAUAAUGGGAAUCCCGGCCUUGCGUUUUUACCAUUAAUAGGAAAGAAUAUUUUCCACUCUUGUUCAGCUAGCAAACUAGUAGCGCCCUUCACCUCCUUCAACCUCAGGUUCCUCAACGCCCAAGAAAGCAAACUGCUGGCUAGCUAGCUAUGUCGAAGCCGACGAGGGAGAAGAUAAAGAUCAGGAAGAUCGACAACUUGCCGGCGAGGCAGGUGACGUUUUCAAAGAGGAGACAAGGGCUGUUCAAGAAAGCCGGAGAAUUAUCAGUUCUCUGCGACGCUGAGGUUGCUGUCAUCGUCUUUUCUUCUACUGGCAAGCUCUACGAGUCCUCCAGCUCCAGUACGAAGGAUGUCAUUGCAAGGUACAAGCUGCACACUGAAGAUGUGGAAGAGGGGGACCAGCAGCCACGUCCUGAGCUCCAGCUGGAGAAUGAUGAGUGCAUGAGGUUGAAUAAGGAACUUGCUGACAAGAUCCUCGAGCUAAGGCAGAUGGAGGGGCAGGAUCUAGAAGAGCUGACUAUAGAUGAGUUGCAGAGAUUGGAGAAUAGGAUUGAAGGAGGACUCAGCCGUGUACUUCAAGCUAAGGAUGAAAGUAUUAUGAGUCAGAUUCUGGCACUUGAAACAAAGGGAGCCGAGUUGACAGAAGCAAACAACCAAUUAAAGCAGAGGGUAAACAAGUUAGGGAUGCUAUCCAAUGGAGAUGGAAAUAGAGCUAGUGGUGUUGCUUUGGUGUCGGAGAUCUCAACUGAUGAAGAAGAAGGUAUGGCAUCGGAAUUUACCACAAGUUCCACCGGCUACUACGGUACUAGUUCUUCAACUUCUUCCCUUGAGGAUGACUCCUCUGACAACACCUUAUCUCUCAAACUUGGGGAGGGAUAUAUGGCAUCACUAUUAAUUAGUGAAUAAGGUGGAAUUAUAUGAAGACACAAUGUUGCAUCGUUGUAUGUAUGUCUUAAAUUGGGAACCAAAUUCACGGGCAUGACUAGGAGGGUAUCUCUGCAUUUUGAGUACUACUGGAUUUCACUACAAAAUACAGGCCUUAAAAUGUUGGGAGCAAUGAUAGAUUAUACUCUUUUGCUCCAUGCGUGGACGCUUCUCCAAAAUGCAAGACCUAUAUAUAUCAUAUAUCCUAUGACUCGAUUGUGAAUGAUGCUCAUUUCAGUUUGUUCAAGGAAGGAUUUCAUUGUGUAGUUUAGUUGGUUGUCUAAUGUUAUUUCCUGCAACGUGAUCCAGUCAAAACCCCUCAGUCCUGAAUAUCAGACUUUAUUAGAGGAAUUGUCUGGAGAGUUUGAGCAAGCAUGAAAUGUAUUAUUCCAAGUGCAUAGGGUAAUGCUUUGAUGCAUAUUCAGACGGAUGAUGGAUGCAUUGUUCAGCUGUUCUUCUUUUGGUCAUCUUGAUUGAUGUCGUUAUUCCAUCUUCUUUUGGUCAUCUUUUAGUCCCCGCUUCCCCCCCCUUUCGUUAUUUGAUUUAAAAAAAAAGUACUUUUGUGGUUGUACCUUGGACAUUCAAAUAUAUUCUAAAUUAUACCAUCAGAACGAUAUAAAUGGUCCGCAAAUGAAAAUGGUGUGUGUAUGUAUUUUGUUUUCAUUUUUGGGUAUGCAUUUUUUUGUUUUCAUUUUUUGGCAACUAGGGAACUGUUAUUGUUGUGAAAGCUUUUGGUAUUGCUGGAUCACAUUGUUAGACUUUAAAUUGGUAAUCCAAUAUUUCUAUACAUUUGUUGCUAAA